AUGAAUCUUGCUGCAAAUGAAGCUCAGAAGCUCCCAGACAUUUCCACCAACACUUUUGACUACCAGGAAUCUGAUCGUGCAAUUCCUCUUGUUGAUCCUCCUUCUAAGAAUCCCGCAAGUGUUCCUUCUGACGAGGACCAUAUCGAUGCUUCCUCUGAACCUUAUUUUCCGUCCACCUCUCUUCCGGAUUGUGUUCCUGAUGCGGUACCUUCCGUGGUUCCAGUGCUUAAUCCCCUCCCACGCGUUUCUUCCCAACUAUCACUAUCAUCUGUUGCAAGUGAUACCGAGCUUUUAGGCCUUCUUCAAGAUGAUUCUCCUCCUGAUGCUUCGGCCAAUCAAGCGAUUACAGAUUUUUCGCUUGCUUUUGAUCUCACUUCCGGCCCAGCCUUA